GAUUUUCUUUAUACAUGAUCUCCUGCCUCGUGUCAUCCUGGGUACUGCAUUUUGGGUCCUACCAACACCGCAUUGUGACAAUUCUAUUUGGAGAUUACCCAGACGUGCUACCCAGAGAUGUGAGGCAGUGCUGAGAGGAGGAAGACGUCACACGUAGAUUAGGAAACAGAAAAGCACGACCGAAUGAGGCAGGAAAAAGAGAAGGAGGGUGAACUGAGAGUCGGAGAGGAACCCUAAUGUGACAAGACGCAUUUUUUUUAAAUGAUGUAAUUUCUACAAGUCAGUUUUAGGAUGAACAAAGAGGCUUGAUGCUCUUAUUUUUAUCCUUCUUUUUCUUUUAUCAACAUUCUUUCUGAAGUCUUUUACUUUUUGCCUACUCAGGCUGGCACAAACAAGCUGUUGCCCUGGACCUGCUGAGGAGAACACACAGCCGGAGGAGAGGCACCGGCAGGAGACUCACCGCUGCCCGUUCCAGCAGGGGGCUUGAGCUUAGGCUCCGUGGGGUCAUGAGGACGGCCAGGCGCGCAAGUAACGUGGAGGUUCCCUCCUUCCUCCGUCAGCUGGUCAAGGAGACAGAGAAAAUGGUGACUUUCUUCUUCAAAGGGGGACCCAGCGAAAGGGUUCCAGGAGAGGAGGAAAACCUAAACGAGGAUGACACAAUGCCGAGCCCCUACCUGGAACGUCCCAUCCUGGAGAAGCACGUGUCCGAGGGGGGCUCUCAGCUGGGGUUGAACUAUGCUGUGGCGAGCAUGCAGGGCUGGAGGGCUCAUAUGGAGGAUGCUCACACCUGUAUGCCCCAGCUGAAAGGAGAGCUGGAGGACUGGGCUUACUUUGCUGUUUUUGAUGGACAUGCAGGCAUCACGGUGGCCCAGUACUGCUCCAGAAACCUGCUGGAUCACAUCCUGACAACAGGUGGGAUCAAAGCAAACGAAGACCCUGAGCAAGUGAAGGAAGGAAUCCGUGAAGGCUUCCUGGACAUCGAUCGCCACAUGCACAAAAUGGCUCGCCAGGACACCUGGGACAGGAGUGGCUCCACGGCAGCAGCUGUCAUGAUCUCACCACACCACAUUUACUUCAUCAACUGUGGGGACUCACGCACUCUCCUGUGCAACGACGGCCAAGUGAUCUUCUACACAGAGGACCACAAGCCAUUCAACCCCAGAGAGAAAGAGAGGAUCCAGAAUGCCGGCGGCUCAGUGACCCUGCAAAGAAUCAAUGGCUCGCUGGCCGUUUCCAGAGCACUGGGAGACUUUGACUUCAAGGAGGUGGAUUGGAGGCCGGAAACGGAGCAGCUGGUGUCCCCAGAGCCAGAGGUGUACGAGCUGGAGCGCACGCCUGAGGAUGAGUUCCUUAUUCUUGCAUGUGAUGGAGUAUGGGACGCCAUCGGGAAUGAGGAGCUGUGUGCGUUUGUGCGCAACCGUCUGCAGGUGUGCGAUGACCUGAGAGACAUCUGUGCACAAGUCAUUGACCUGUGCCUGUACAAGGGCAGCUUGGACAACAUCAGCAUCAUCAUCGUGUGCUUCCGAGGAGCCCCCCAGGUGUCCCAGGAGGCGCUGCAGCAGGAGGCAGAGCUAGAGCAGCACAUUGACAUGAAAGUGGAAGAAAUUAUCCAGAGGAUGAGGUCCAAAGCUGAGAACCCAGACCUUCUGUAUGUGAUCAAAUUUCUGGCAGAAGAAGAGAUGCCAGGGCUUCCACCAGGGGGCGGCAUCACAAGCAAAAGAGACUGUAUCAUAUCAGCUUAUCAGAAACACAUCUCAGCCCUUCGGACUCACGAGCCUAUGGACAUCGGAGGAUCAGAGGAGGACUCAAACUAAAACUGUAACCAAGGAAACCAAAACAAAACCAGCUUCAAUAAUGAUUUAAACUGGUUUUGUUUCACAUUUUAGAUUUCUUUCUCUAACUUGUUCUUUUUAAUCCUGGUCUCAAACAUCUGCUUUCUGUUAAACGGAAAUAAAAUUUGGAUUAAACGCC